CUCUCGGCCCCGAGUGUUUUAUUUCUCCCAGACUGAAGCCUCGAGAGGGUCCGCCGUGCUGAACAUAAAGCUGCUGAAUCUGAACACACACACUCCUGCUGACUCCGGGACCGACUGCGGCAUCGCUCUCUACUACAGUUGGAGGAUCAGAGGUGGUGUCCUAAAGCAGAAUGGCAGCACAGGGAGCGACUAUGGCAAACAAGGGGCCGUCUUAUGGGCUGAGCCGGCAGGUGCAGGAUAAGAUCGAGCAGAAGUACGACCCGGAGCUGGAGCUGCGUCUGGUGGAGUGGCUCGUGGCCCAGUGUGGGUCAGCGGUGGGGAGACCCGACGCCGGGAAACUGGGCUUUCAAGCCUGGCUUAAAGACGGAUGCGUGUUGUGCGAGCUGAUCAACAGUCUGAGUAAAGAGAAGCCGGUGAAGAAGAUCCAGAGCUCCAGCAUGGCCUUUAAGCAGAUGGAGCAGGUCUCGCAGUUCCUGAACGCCGCCGAGCAGUACGGCGUGGCCAAAACCGACAUAUUUCAGACGGUGGAUCUGUGGGAGGGAAAAGACCUGGCAGCGGUGCAGAGGACUCUGAUGGCUCUGGGCAGCAUCGCAGUCACCAAAGAGGACGGAGCUUUCCGUGGAGACCCAAACUGGUUCUUCAAGAAAGCGCAGGAGAACCGCAGGGAUUUCUCAGACGAUCAGAUGAAGGAGGGCAAGAACGUGAUCGGGCUGCAGAUGGGCUCCAACAGAGGGGCGUCUCAGGCGGGCAUGACGGGGUACGGGCGCCCGCGGCAGAUCAUGAACCCCUGAACACACACUCACAUCAGCACACCACCACAACCACUGCCUAAUAAAGAUUCAAAACACUGACGCCCGUCAA